AUGGACCUGUUGCGACGUCGUGAUGCCACUUGGACUCGUGAACAACGCGAACUCAUUGCGCAUGCGUUGAGGCUCGUGCGACGUAUUUCGGAUCGCGGCGCUCUUGGAAAGGACGCAAAAUUCCACGUUUUCGUUCUUCUCACUAUAAGAGACCACAUGUUGUCCGGGUUCCUGCAACUAAUGGCAUGGACGCCAGUGACAGCUCAACUGUACGACGAGCCGUCUUUUCUGAGAACUUCUGUUCAUUUGACGUAUUUGUCAAGACUACUAGACUCAUUAAAUGAGUUCAACUUCGCUCUUGACCCUUCUCUCACAUACGGUGUUAUGGAUGAGGUUGUCAUAUGGAAGCGUGCUUUAUCGGCCUUCUUCUAUGGAAUAACUUCUAUCUUAGUUGUGUUCGUCAACAAAAUAUUGUUAACAAAUUACAGGUUUCCGUCGUUCCUUUUCGUUGGGUUUGGUCAAAUGAUCGCCACUGUUGUAGUAUUAUUCCUGGCUCGUCUUCUAGGAAUUGUCUCGUUUCCGGCUUUCGAUUAUUCUAUACCGCGUAAAAUUAUGCCCCUACCGGUACUUUUCGUUGUUAAUCUCGUAUCGGGGCUCGGCGGAACAAAAUUAAUCAAGUGA